ACAACAAGUUACUUGGACAAGAGUUUUAACCUCCUCCUCCUCCUCCCACACAUACUUUCUGUGCUAGCUAGCCGUAAUAUCACAAACAACAGCAAAACAACAUUGUCAACAAUCACAGCCUAAAAAAAAAACCAGCGAUAUCAGAUAUCAAACCGACACUCGUUCAUACACACACGCCUCGUUCAAUUAUGACAACAACAUCAACAACGCCAUCUUUGUGAUGUUAUUACUACUACCUUUAUCUUCUUUUGUAAACGUGUUCAUUCCUUAUCUCUCUCACUCUUUUGGUUCUUUCUAAAACAACCUACUACUACCUCAGUCAAUCACUCUUUGUCUUCUGCUGUUUAUUCAUCCCCCAUCCCCUCCACUUAUUCACUCUCGCUCGUUGUGUCAGUGUUACAGAGACACUAACCCCCCUCCCCUCCCCUCCGCUAUGCCUUAUUUUUUUCUUUUUACUUUUUUUCUUAAAAAGCCUUGUGCAAGAGCUAUUCUUUCUUCUUUUCGUGUUAACCCGAUUCAAAAACCCACCCACCCUCCAUCCUCCUCUUUUUUCUUUUUCUUCUUUCGCUUUUCAUGCAAAGUGUCUUUCUCUUCUUCUUCUUUUUUUUUUAUUAUACAUACUGUUAUUUAUAUCUUUAUUAUAUAUAUUAUCCUACUCUUCCCCCUUCAUCCUCCCCCCCUUUAUUUUCACCGAUAUCUCAAUUUUCUUUUUUCGCGUACAUAUCAUCACUUAUCCCACCUACUUCUUUCUUACAUAUAUCUUAUAUACUCAUGUUUUUAUUUGUUCCUUCCUCUUUAUUUCUUCUUUUUUUCUCUCUUAAAAAAACAAACAAACAAACAAAAACUAUCGACAACUGUAUUGAAUGAAUAAAAAGCAUACAAUUUACCUCCACCACAACAA